GCUGAAAACUAGCGACCUUCUGUGUGUUUUUGAUGUAGUGUGGCGGUCCGGUCUGGUUCUGGGUCGUGUUGUGUCUGUGGGGAGUUGUGAAAGGCUUGCUCUGAGAGCGGGAGUCGGUCUGAGCGGGCGGAUCUCUGUUUAAAGCGCGUUUAAAGCGCUGGGCUCUGUUAGCACGGCCGCCCUGCUGUGCGCUGCUGCUGCUGCUGUUAGCACGUUUGGCUAAUGUUGGCGGUCUUGCGCUGUAGGUUAGCUUACCUAGCUAGCUCACAUAUCUUUAUCUGUUCCUUAACAAAUUCACAAUUUAGGGGCGAGUACUGGCUUUAAUGUAGCGUAGAAAUUCAGCAUUCCACGAUAAUGUCGAAUAAUGUUGUUGCUAGCUAGGUUAGGUUAGCUAGCUAGCUAUAAAGCGCUGUCCCGCAGUUUAGCAUUAAGCUAGCUAACCUAGUUAGCGAGCGAGCUAGCUAGCUAGCUAACUUCCCAGCUAGCAUUAACUAGCGUUAGCUAGCAGGCUAAAGUUAUGUGCUCGAAGCUUCGUUGCUCCCCGCGUAGACGGCAGACUUAUGACUUAUAUAAGAGUGGCCAACUAGUAAACUAGUGUUUAGACUUUUUCCCCAUUUUUUUAUUACCAUCGCCUCGUUUUAUAAACCUUACCAAGCUAACGUUAAUCUAUUGUCUCCCCUCUCUUUGUAACUCUGUAGCAGCUGAACGAUUCUAUGUUUUAGCCUAAAGCGAUAUUAGCUGGUUUAAUAAGCUAUAGCUACAAUUCGUUUUUACUAGUUAUUCUCUAAUUUCAGCAAUCAGUUUUGAUUUUUAACUUGUAAUAUCAAAUCUAACUAUAAAUACAUUAUAUUACUAGUUACUAUUUACUAGUAAUCUCUUAUUUCAGAAGUCAUCUUUGAUUUUCAGCUUGUAAUAUCAGAUCUAUAGAUCUAACUGCCACAUUAGCAGGGCAAGGUAUCUUUAAUAUAAUUUUGGUUAGUCAUAUGUAACCAUUUAUCUUAUUUAAGUUACGUUUGAUUUCAGGCUCUGGGUAGUUUUAGCAAGAAAUAGUUCCGAUAUUUGUGACCUAGCUUUAGAUCUAUUAUGACAUAACUUUAGGUGUAUACAGCUGGAUUUUGCCUAGUAGUAAUAUCUUCAACUAACGAUUAUUUUGUUAAUCGAUUAAUCUAACCUUUUCUAUUAAUUUAUUUUUAUCCAGAUAAAAAUAGUGAUAACAGGGAUUUUCGUCAUAUGUUCCAAAACCUGUUUUUGUACUAUGCUGUAAUUGUAUAAGGAGCACACAACCUCCUUUUUAUAAAAAUGAGUGUUUACACGAAUAUUUAAACCGACAGUUACAUUAAUUUUGUCAUUAUUUAAAAACAAUUAUCAGUGUAUGUAAUGUAAAUACAAACUUGGCUAUGAUUAUCAAAAACUUCCACACAACAGAGUCAGUAAAACCUUACAAACAGCUGUAAAUACCACUGCAUAAAACGUGGAAUGUAAAACUAUAGGGAGGGAUACGUUUACUAAAAAUUAGACAUUUUUAACUACUUUAGCAGGCUCUAGUAACAUUAAGUGAGAAUAGAACCAAAUACAACUUGUCACUAACGUUAGCUUGAUUACUAAGGCUUGUUUUGUUGAUUGAGCUGCCACAAUUAAGGUGAAAUUUAAGGUUUUUGUGGGAAUCCUUUGGUCAUUGCGCUUACAGUCAACCAGGAAGAGAUUAUUAAUCAUCUGCCCCUUUUGUAGGUUGUACUUACCCAAGUGCUCUUCACGGCUUAAGUUUUCGACCUUACUACUGCAGCGUUAGACAAGCUCAAUGGGGAUCCCAGGCCCAUUACUAUUUUUUUUCACUUAUUAUAACUUGUUAUAUUAGCUAAAAGUUGUCGUACACCGGAGUAGAAAUGAGCCAUGUUCCCUAUUUCUAGGUUUUUGUCUCGGGUGCGAUGGACAACAGCAGCGCCGUGAAGCUCUUUGUUGGGAAUCUGGCGUUGGAAACAACACAAGAUGACCUAAUAGCACUAUUUGCCCCUUACGGAGAGGUGGAGACCAUUACUGUACUGAGGCAGUUUGCCUUUGUCCAUCUGCAGGGAGAAGGGGCUGCUGACCGUGCCAUCCGUGAUCUGAAUGGUCGAGAGUAUCGUGGUCGCAACCUUGUAGUUGAAGAGUCCCGAGGGAGGCCCCUCAACUCUAUCAAAGUGUUUGUGGGGAACCUAAGUGCCUUGUGCACUUCUGAUGACCUGCAUGAACUGUUCUCUCGUUUCGGCAACGUCUUGGAGUGUGACAAAGUAAAAACUAAGCCCUCCUCUUCAGCAGGCUACGCUUUUGUACACAUGGAGCGCAAAGAGGAUGCAGAGAAAGCCAUCGAGGCCCUCCAUGGUUCUUCCUUCAAGGGCCGCCCACUCUCUGUGGAACUCUCAAAGGUUCAGCAGACUAAGCCUUCGGCUGUUUCCAAGGUCCCGUGUGCACGCUGUGGGAUGCAGGGCCAUUUUGCGGGAGAGUGCCCCACCAGGCCACCCAUGGAGCACCAUCAGAGUCAGGCAGCAGUUCUGGCUGCUGCAGCUGCAGCAGCUGCUGGACUUCCUAUACAAGUACAACAAAGUGUGCACAACUCAUUCUUCAACACCACAAGCUCUGACCCUACAUACGCAGCCCUGAAGGGCCUGACUGAAGGCAGCGCUUCAGAUGGUAAACCAGUAAGUGCUGCUGUCUAUGGUGCCCUGGCGAGUCAAGUAUAUGGCUCUGUUGCUGACCAAGUUUAUGGCUCAGGAAACAACCAGGCUGCAGACCCUGUUUCAGUAGAGGCACCAUCCAGUACUGCUGCAGUAAACCCAGCCUAUGGUGCAGAGGUGGAUCCCCAGGCUGUGUUUGAAGCCGCUCGAGCUCGUUUUAUUGAACAGGGACAGCAUGUGCUGGCAGAGCAGCAGGCUAUUACCAAAUCUGACCGGGAUCGUAGCCCAAUAAGGCGUUCAGCCCCUCUAUUGCCUGAUCCAGUUCCUCAGCCCAUGUCCCAGGCAAGACCCAAACGCAGAGCCCUGCUCCCAACCCCUCCUGGAGGACCAGAACUGCCCACGGCUAAAGAUGGAGACCCUAUCUCAAGAUGCUACGCAGAGUACUAUCAACAGUACCAGCAGUACCAACAAUACCAGCAGUAUCAACAGUACAACUAUUACUAUCCACCUCCACCACCGCCUCCACCACCCCCGAUGCCAGUCAUGCCAAUGCCGCCUCCAGGACCGAUGGAUGUCCACCACCUGGCCGCCCCUGGAACCACAGAAUCUCCAAGACCGUAUGAGCCGCCACCAACACACAAGGAGCCCCUCCUCCGCCAUCCUAACUACUCCCACCUUCACACGCCAGAGCCCCCUUACCGAUAGCCUUCACCAACUCUCUCACACACGUGUAUGAAUGUGUUUAUUAAUUGUAUGAUUGGGAGUGUUGACUGCGUGUGGUUGUGCAAGUCCUGCCUAAUAACAAUGCUGAAGAAUUUUUGAGUAAAGGGAUACAUUAAUUAUUUCACAUUAAUGUGCUUCAGACUUAUUUGUUGCACAGUUUUCACCAGUUUGUUCCCCCUAUUUAGUUUUAGGGCAGCCCACAAGUUUCAAAGACGUUCAAGAUUGGUAGUUUUAACACCUUUUUUUGAACUAACUUCAUGGUGUUUCAGUAUACUAUCAGAACUGGUGCCUGAUUAUUUAGGCUUUUGAGUUUAAACUUAAUUUCUUACAGAUCAAGCACUUUUGUCUGUCUUUCUCAGCCUGGCAUUUUCCCCAGUCAGAUGAAGCGUGCCUUCUGCAGUUGUUUUUUGUAAACUAAUUUUUUUCACAAAUUACUAAAUGUUGAACGAUUUAAGUUAAGUGUUUGAAGGAGAUGGGGGCACCUAUUAAUUUUGUUCCUAUCAGUUAUAAUGUCCAGGAGGAUUUGGAUCAGUGAUGUCAAAAUCUAUAAUAAAAAAAAGACGGUAUUUGUAAUUAAAUGAGGACCUGUGUGAAUGGUGGUUUGUAUGUGUGUAAACGUGUGUGUGUGCGUGCGUGUGUCUUUGGAUAUGCAAGAAUGUUGAUACAUAAUUUGACUUGCAACAGAAACACACAAACUUAACACACACCAGACCUAUUUCCUUCAGUUCUAAACGGGUGGGAUUUUGCCUUGGGCAGAGACAUGCUUCCAUCAGUAUCAGCAACAUAACACAGUUGUGCUUUAAGGAGCCCAUGUCUUUUUCAACUCUUUAGGCACAGCCUUGCCAGGGCAGAUGACUUGAACCUGCUCUGAACUUGAACCCGAGCUCACAUUUUAGUCACCCAUUGGUUGUGAGGCUAGGCCACACAAAUGGAUGGCUAGUGAAUGUUAGUUUACCUGGCAUUCGUCAAUAAAAUCAAGACUUUUCACUUUUAAUAGACAGGCAAACUCAUGCUUCAUACUCGUGUUUUUCUGUUAUUCCAUAUCUUUAUUGACUCUGGGUUUGGAGAUGCCAUUUAUUAAGGAUUGGCAAAAGGGUCGGUUGCCUGCAGAGAGCAACUAUGCAUGCUUUGCAGGAUUUAGAAGAGUUGAUUGAUAGACUGUAUUCUUCACUUUCAUGGACAAUAUACUGUGGGUGUACAGACUAGACAGUGAAGAUCUUUCUCAAAUUACCUUUUUUUUCUUGUUCCAGACAGCAGAAGUAUUUUUCCUCUCAUUUAAAAGCAGGCCCAUGCAAACAGCUCUUGUUUUCUUCUACAAUUUUGACUUUUCACGUUUACAUUACGGUCAAUUUUAGUGUACAAAUUGAUUUGGGUUUAGUCGAUAUGAUUCUAAAGUUGCAAGGUCUAUUGCAUUAGACCAAGUUGAUUUGAAUUUGAGAAUAAAAGGUAGUAAAGUAUGACAUGUGUUUUGUUCAAUGUGAUGCUCCAUUUGGCAGUAAUUUUAGGAUAUUUGAAUUAAAGAUAAUCUGAUUUAAAACGAAAAAAAAUUGAAAACAAAUGUAAAUGGGGUUUCUAUAACAUCUGGUCUGGGCUGGUUAUCCUCAAAGAAACAAGAGUUUAUUGAUCAAUAUUGUGUGACUUGACAAGUUAUGUAGGCUGUGUAUAAUUCCUGCAUUAUCAUUGACGUACACUAGUAAAUGAUUGUAAUGAAAGUAUGGCAGAGAGAGCUCUUUUUUAAAAGAACUGUUCUGUCCUUUUCCCUUUAGAAUGCACCUCAGGCAGUCUACAGUCUUUCAUUCCAACAUUGAGAGAUGGUGGGGUACAUGCACGAACACAUGCACACACUAUACAGUUGCAGUGAACUCCUAAAGGCCUGGAUACACUGAAUUAUUUUCUUUUUUUCCAAGUGCAAAAAUGUGGUGUUCAUUUUAUGGCCAGUCACAUUGCUGAUCAAGUAACUGCUCACAUGGUCAGGGAUUGCAUGUUGUAGUUAAAUGAAGAGCAUUAGAAUUGAAGUAAACCUACUAUGAAAGAAACUUAAUUUAACAUCUUUAGAACUGGCAUAUACACUGGCAUGCCGAAUGUCAGUUAGACGAAAACUUGCAUUUUAUGGCCUUAUUCAAAUAGAUUGUUAAAUUAUAUCCCAUGAAACAUAAAGAACGCUGCACUGACCUGCAGUAUAUGCAUGUGGGGCCUCCUGCAUUGGUUAUAUGUAAUUUCUAUCAGUUGCUUGUUCGUUCGCAUUGGCCACAUGCGAUCAUUACCACACACUGCAUUGUCCACUGUGGGUGGUAAUGCCUUCCGUUACAUUUUUCCUGUAUACACGUGGCAAUGUUGAAUGCCUUUACAGCUUCAGGAAUGAAAAUCUCCGUCCAUCUGCCCACCACAGUUCGUACUUGAAUUUCGAUAAUUCAUGUUGCAUUGCAAUGAUCACACUGACUAGUGUUUACAUAUUCACAAGAUAACAGCUCACAACUUACACAGGCUAUAUGACCUUUUGCAUGCCAGUGUAUACUAUUCCUUGUUGUAUAUUGCAUAUUUAGCCUGUUUUUGCUAGAUCACUUAGCAAACUCAUGGCUUCUAAAUGUGUAUCCAGGCCUCAAAUCAUAAUCAUAACUAGGCAGAUAUGCUGUUAAUGUUGUGUUAAGUGUUCUUAAAGACAUUUUGGUAGAGUGGAGAUGGGAGUGUGGCAUCAGGGCUCCACACAUGUCUUUUUUUAAAAAUGUGUUCUUACAAAUAGUGCAUGACUCUUGUUACUCUUACUGCUCUUCCAGCCACAUUUUCCCUUUUCGCUAACUACAGCUAAAAUGGCUCCCGGGCCUCAGGACGCCAGAUUGCACAUGACGGGGGGAAGAGAAUUAGAGUCCCACUGUGGCAUGGACGCACUCCCCACUAAGGUAACGCCCUCUGCCCCCCAUCACGCCUGCACCUUGAUCAUACACUUCCCCUCAGUCAUCCUACAACAACUGUUGGAGAGCCUCAGCUCAGAUUCAGCUUCUAAAGCUGGGAAUUGCAAGUCAACACAGUUGUAGCUGUAGCAAUGCCACUGCUCAGACUUAACCUAAAGUGAUGGCUUGCACAUGCAGAGGAACCUUCAGCUCAGGCACACAAGUACCCCACGUGAUCUUGGUUUGGUUGUCUGCUAGUGUUAUUUUUGUUCUGCUUUGCCUUAUAAUAUGGAUUAUAACACUGGAGGCCCCAAUGGCUUAUGGCUGUUUGUUUUUAGAUGAGGCCACAAAUGACAUUUUUUAAUAAAUGAUAAAAUCACAAAACAUGGUCUUGUGAACUUGGUGAGAACCUUGCCUUGGCUUGUUCUGUGGCAUUUGGUCUUUUUGAAGCAUUUCCAGUAAGACGAGACGAGACGUGCACUCAAAUCUGAGGUGCCAUGGCUGUGCAUUUGAACGGUUAAGAAGACAGCACAGCUGUAAAGGGUGCAGUGCAAUCCGAAAGGCAAGAGGUAGGGUUGACGCCUGGUAGGUGAGUAACCCAGUGCGCCACUGACCCACUCAGACCUGCUCCUUUCUUCAGAUCCCAGCACAACACCUGCCCUCACUCCCUCCCCACCUCAUCACUCCAAACCUUUAAGCUCUAGAUCAUUAUUUCACCAGACAUACAUUUGAGUGCUUUCCGAGCUCUACAGAAAGCAGAAUUAUAGGAUUAUAUCUGUAAUCAAUGUUAAUUAAUGAACUGCGAGUUCUGAUAUUUUGUCUACCCUGAUCAACAAACUGUUCCACCUCCUCCCUCUCAGUUUGCAAAAUGUAAACAAAUGAACAGUUUACAGAUCAGAACGUCUUUAUUUCAGACCCAUACUUCAGUAAGGUGUUACUUUUUCUUUUUUACUUUUUCCCAUUAUGGACACAGUGAACUUCAUCUUUCUUGUCUACUGAUCAGUAAUUGAAAGUACUUUAUCUCUGGGUUUGGUUUAAACAAACAAUAUAUGUAGAAUGUCUCUUAUUAUUGCUUUAGAUCAGUAAAUAAUCUUUCAGGGAUCGCUUUAAUCAGGCUUUGUUUACUGAUUUUGAUUCCAUCUCAGCAAAAAUGUUACAUCCUUGUUUUUCUGCUUUUAGGCCAUUGUCUUUAAAGGCCUAAGCUUGAUCUUGUAAAAUAAAGAAUUUUCAGAAUUCAGCCCUA